AUGCCUCGCUCUCCUCCCCGGAUCGGAGACACCACCGGGGCCUGGGAGCUCCACCCCGACCCUGCCUCGCUUCAUUAUGUCUGUGAUGGGGAGGUCCGCUGGGGCAAGAGACGAGGGAAGAAAGGAACCGAAAACGGAGCCUGCGGGCCGCUCACGGGCUGCUCGUCCCAGCCCUCCAUCACUCCUCCAGGCCCGGUGUGCGCCGGUGGGCAGCAACCUCACGGCCGGCACUCACAGCACGUCCCGCCUUAG